AUGGAGGUCACAAAAACUAGCAGAAAGAAGACUAACGGUAAUGUAGGACGUCUGGAUCUCAAUGAACCCAAGAGGAGGAACCAAUACAGCUUUUUGAAGUCUAUAAAAGAGAAUGAGAAAAUGGUAGAGGAGAUGCAACAACAAAUGCUUGAAAUCCAAAGAAAAAUUACAGAGAAAAAGAUAUAUCAUGAAAAAGCCAUCUCUACACUGAAAUACAACAUGCGUUCCGGAUGGAUUUAUAAUGAAAAAUGGGCAUGGAUAGAAGAUGACCAGUACACUUACCAAUCAGAUUGUCUUAAGAAGAUGGAGCUAGACAAGUUAACUUUCGCUAAUAACGCAUAUCGUGACAAGAAAGCUGUUGUAUCAUUCUCCUCCGGGAAACGAGAGAUUAACAUCCAUAACCUAAACCAUCGGAUGUUACACGAGGCAAAAAGCAUGGAUGGUGAGAGAGGCCUCUUCAAGAUGCUGAAUCCAAGUGAAGAUGAGUUUUCUAUUAAACAAAUUGAAGAUCAGAUGUGGAAGUUACAAAGGUGGAUACAAUGGCCAGAAUAUAACAAUAAUCCAGGGACAAUGGAUAGAGAAGAAUGUGAGAGAAAGGUAAAAGAACUUGAAUGGGAGAAACAUCAAGGAUUUGUUAAUGCUCCUUGUAAAGCUUCUCUAUGGAAUUCAUUACCUUCUACCAAAGCCUUGCGCAACCAGAUCCAGGCUAUGGAGACAAGAGAUGAAGAAAAGAGGAAAAUGGUUUUGGUAAGAAGAAAGAAGAUAGAGUCAAAGGAAAGAAAGAUAAAGAAGGCUGAGAAGGAGAUCAAGUCUAUGAAUAAAAUGAUGGAGAUGAUUCUCAGCAGGAAGCAGAGAGCUCUGGAAACCAUUUCACACCAAAACAGUUGUCUAGUAAAAUAGAACCACAAUUCUCUAAUUGUUUAUACUCUUAUUGUAAAACUUUAAAUUUACAUUAAAAAAUAAUAAAUGAAAGUUGGAAUGUCUAA